AUGGCGGCUGUAACAAGGAGCAAAAAGGCGAAGCAGCUCAAGCAUCUGCGUGUCAAGCGUGCUCAUAUUAUUGGAUCCAUUGAAUUAAUCCGCGAGUUUGAUGAAAAUUUUGAUUCCUCGAAAACAUUCGAGAUUCCAUUCCGUCUCGAGCGGCUGGAUAAGCUCAUGGAGGAGUUCGAAUCUGUAGAAUCCGAGCUGGAUUCGUUUUGUGUCGGCGAUCCAGAAUCAGCUAAUGGUUUGAUGGAUUUAGCCGACGAAUUCGAAAAACAUGUGAAAAUUCUUGAUUCGUUGGAGACGAAGGCGCAACAUUGGGACUCGGUGUUAGUGGAACUUUUGUUCAGCCGGAUGGACAUCAAUACGCAAGGUUUAUGGGAAAAUCGGCGAGAUAAAACAAAACGUCCUUCGUACGAUGACUUAUUGGAAUAUCUUCAUGAGCACUCUCGGACACUCCAGUCGCUCAAAUUAUCACAGUCUGCUAUUUCGUUCACUGAGGCCAAGACCUCAAAGUCUCGACCGGUUGUCAACUACCCGGCUUCAGAGCAAAUUCCAAAGUGCAUCGCUUGCAAACAAAACCAUUAUCUGUUCCAAUGUGAGUUCUUUCGAGCCCAAACUCCAAUGCAACGUUUGGAGCUGGUGAAGCGGAGCAAUCUUUGCAUUAAUUGCUUAAAGGCUUCGCAUUUGUCAAGGAAUUGUAGCAGCGUAUCCUGUAAAUACUGUCAAAAGAAACACCACACAUUGCUUCACCUCUCACCGGUUCCCACACUGAUUGCAACGGAAGUGCCAUCGCUUAUGCAAGCUACGCAAUCGUCGUCACCACAGCAAAAUUUGCACAGCGCGGUCGCUUCGGUCGAUCACGUCGUCUCGAUGACGCCGCCGUCGGUACAUGCCCCCUACCCUGCUUCGUCCGGUACACUUGCACCUCUCUCCACCGCCUGUCAAACAGUCGCACCUGCAACCUUGAGUGAAUCCACUGUAAUACUGUAUACUGCUCUGGUCAAAGUUAGAGAUAAUUCUGGUCAAUUCCAACUUGCUCGCGCUCUUUUAGACAGUGGAUCGCAAUCUAGUUUUGUGUCGGAAUCGUUGUGCCAGCGCCUUGGGCUUCGUCGAAGGAAAGUGAAUAUACCAGUGAGCGGUAUCGGCCAAGCCGUAGUGAAUGUGCGAUACACAGUGACAGUGCAAUUUUCGUCUCGCUUUGGACCAACUGAGAACAGUCUCGAAUGUUUGGUUCUCCCAAAGCUAACUGUUAGUGUACCUACCAGUAAUGUAGACAUUAGUGCGUGGAAAAUACCACAAUAUUUACCGCUGGCUGACCCACAGUUCAAUAUCAGCCACGGCAUCGAUUUUAUUGUUGACGCUGAAAUGUUUUCUGUCCUUUUACAUGCAGAACAAGUCAGAUUCAACGACCAACUCCCAGUUUUACAGAAAACGAGUCUAGGAUACGUUUUCGCUGGAAAGGUUGCGACUAAGACUGUUCAGCCUCCAGUUACAUGUCUGGUUUCCACUUUUGAUGAUUUGGAUGCUCAAGUAAAGAAGUUUUGGGAAGCAGAGAACUUCGAGCAAGUCGAUCCGCGGAGGGACGUUAUGUUGUACGGCUUCCUGUCCGAUGAAAUGUUGCCAACUAUUGGAGAAACUUGGUCUGUAGCUGCUCGCCGGUUCACCGCUAUGGAAAAACGUUUUCGAGCCGAUGAUAGCCUACGCUUCAGCUAUGUGCAGUUUAUGGAAGAAUACCGACAACUCGGUCAUAUGGAGGAGGUGCAGAGUCGCGUCGCGUUGCCCCAGUAUUUCUUGCCCCACCACGCCAUCCACCGCCCAGAUUCUUCGACCACUAAAAUAAGGGUAGUUUUCGACGAUUUAGCCAAAAGCAGUAACCACAUUUCACUAAACGAUUUGCUCCUGACUGGACCCACGGUUCAGCCAACUCUACUAUCAAUAGUUCUCAAUUUCCGCCUGCAUCGUUAUGUCAUGACAGCGGAUAUAGAGAAGAUGUACCGGCAAAUUCUGGUACAUCCAGAUGAUCGAUCACUGCAGAAAAUUCUAUGGCGCAAAGGGGAAUCCGAUUCCAUCAAGCCUUACCAACUGAACACCGUCACAUACGGUACUUCGUGCGCUCCUUACCUGGCCACUAGAACGUUAAAUCAACUGGCGGAUGAUGAUGGACACGCAUAUCCUCUAGCAGCAUCCGUACUAAAGCAGGAUUUCUAUGUGGAUGAUUUGUUAACUGGUUCUGAUAAUUUGGACACACUAUUGCAAACAAACCAGCAACUCUGUCAAUUGCUCAAACAAGCCGGAUUUUCCCUUCGAAAAUGGAGUGCCAACAAGUCUACAGUUUUGCAGCACAUUCCGGAGAAGGACCGUGAGACUUUGGAAGUUCUGGAACUCGACCAAUCACCUUCAAUCAAGACCCUCGGUUUGCUGUGGUUUCCGUCAGAAGAUUUGUUUGGAUUUAAGAUCCCGAAGCUGCCAGUUCUGGGAAAGGUUACUAAGCGCAUUGCCCUCACGGAAGUGUCACAACUAUUUGUUGAGAUCAAUCUGAUCACAAUUGAUUUAACGUGCAUUCCAUAA